AAACGGGACGGGACGGGACGGACGGGACGGAGCCGCGAUGGAGAAGCCGCGGCGGGCGGUGGUGGUGACGGGGUUUGGGCCGUUUGGAGAGCACGCUGUGAACGCCAGCUGGAUUGCAGUUCAGGAGCUGGAGAAGCUGGGGCUGAGGGAUGAUGUGGAUCUGCACGUCUAUGAGGUCCCUGUUGAGUACCAGACCGUGCAGAGACUCAUUCCUGCCUUGUGGAAGAAGCACAGUCCCCAACUGGUGGUCCACGUGGGCGUGUCGGGCAUGGCCACCACUGUCACCCUGGAGAAGUGUGGCCACAACGUGGGCUACAAGGGGCUGGACAACUGUCGCUUCUGCCCGGGCUCGCAGUGCUGCGUGGAGGGCGGCCCCGAGUGCAUCGACUCCAUCAUCGACAUGGACGCCGUCAGCAGCAGGGUCUCUGCCCUGGGCCUGGAUGUCACUGUCACCAUCUCCAAGGACGCUGGCAGGUACCUCUGUGACUUCACCUACUACACCUCCUUGUACCAGAGCCAUGGGAGGUCAGCAUUUGUCCACGUGCCUCCUCUGGGGAAACCUUACUCUGCAGAACAGCUGGGCCGGGCCCUGCAGGCCAUCAUAGAGGAAAUGCUGGAUUUUUUGGAGCACUCUGAAGACAAAAUCAAUUGUCAACAUGAACACUGAGCAGCCUGGCCGGGAGCUCUCCUAGUAUUGCACUUCCAAAAUUUUCCCUGCUCUGCUGAAGUGUUGUGGGGGAAAAACAAAAAAAAAAAAAAAAAGAAAAAUCAAGCAACAGUU